UUUCAACGCCAUUUGGCGCUCCGAACCCAAAAUGGCCCAGCUCGUGGGCGCCCGAGUGCGCAUGCGCGCGUGACGCGGCAAGCGUCGGCGAUUCGCGGAACUCUUCGGUUGUGUUCGGUUCCGUUCCCGUCCGGACACAUGCUCGCGACUCGCGCUCAUGACAUCCUGCGUCUUCCUCCUGGUGUCUUUGCUGGUCGCCACGGUGACGGCGGCCCUCCAGGCGUCCGCUGAGCCACCGGGCGCCUGCCCGCCGCCCGCUGCCGUUGCUUCGACUGAAAACGGACACGGAAGCGAGCCUGCGUUAAAGCGGGCGCGGUGCCACGACCGGGGCGAGUCCGCAGGCGUGCGGGUCCUGGAGGGCGAGGCGGCGUGGCUGCGGUGCCCCCUCUUCCGCCAGCCGUCCCUCUCCAACCUUUCGUCCGCACGCGACCUGCUGUGGUACCGCCUCCUCCCAGGACAACACCUGGAGCCAAUCACACACAGUGUGCGUCUGAGCAAAGAGGACGACAUGUUGUGCUUUCAGCCGGCGGUGGCCGAGGACGCGGGCCGCUACGUCUGCCAGCUAUGCCACCGCUCCGAGUGUGUCAAGAUGGCCGCGCGAGUGAGCGUGCUCCGCCGCCCGCGGGCAGCGCCAGAGGGUGGCCGGGAAUGCGACUUGCCGGUCGCCGUGGCGCCCGCUCGGGCGCUCAUCCCUUUGCAGGGCGGCGACGUUCUGGACUGCCCCGACUGGCGGGAGGCCCGCCAGAUGGCUGACGCCGCGCCCGUCGUCACCUGGUACCACGAGUGCGUGGAGCCUUCGGGCUGGACGAGCGACCGCCAGCAGGCCGGCGCCCGCCUGGAGGUCCACUACAUGCUGGACCACUACCAAGGCGUUUACCGGUGCCAGGUGCACUACCGGAGGGCCGGUAGAGCGCUUCACUUCACACGCGGCGUCAACGUCACUGCCGUCUCGCCGGUUUUCCUGCCCAAAGAGCCGAGCAUCCUGCAGCCGACGGCCGAGCACGUCUUCAGCGUCAAGCUAGGCUCGGACGUGCGUCUGGUGUGCAGAGGACACUUCCCCUACUUGGACUCGGCCAACUGGUCCAUCUGGUGGAGCGUGGACGGCUACGCGGCGGACCAGCUGGCGGACCCCAGAUUCUCCGCAAGCAACCGGCACGUGCGCUCCGACCACGGCGACCGCAUCGAGGAGAGCGCCCUGCUGAUCCGCGACUUCGCUUCCGAGGACCUCGGCGAGACGUACGACUGCUCGGUGAGGAACCGGCGAGGAUUCCAGACGCGAAGAGCUCGACUGGAGGAGGAAGCGUCGGCGCCGUCGCUGGAGCUGGCUUGCGGUCUGGCCGUGACCCUGGCGCUGUCGCUGGCCCUCUUGGCGCUCUACCGCGUCUUCCGGCUGGAGCUGCUGCUGCUCUACAGAUCCCGCUUCGACACCGACGAGCGGCACACGGACAGCAAGGAUUUCGACGUGUACAUCUCGUACGCCCGAAACAGCGAGGAGGAGAAGUUUGUCCUGGGGACGCUGCGCAGAGUCCUGGAGAACCAUUUGGGAUACUCGGUGUGCAUCUUUGACCGAGACAGCCUGCCGGGCGGGACCAUCACGGACGAGACUCUGCGCUUUGUGGCUCGCAGCCGGCGCCUGGCGCUGGUGCCGGGCCCCGGAUACGCCCGCCAGGGUUCCCAGGGCCUGCUGGAGCUCAAGGCGGGCGUGGACGGCCUGGCGGGCGGGCACCUGCGCCUCAUCCUGAUCCAGUACGAGCCCGUGCGGCGGCAGGAGUGGGUGCGCGAGCUGAGGAGGGCGCGCGUGGCGCUCGCCACGGUGCGCUGGCGCGGCGAUCGAUCGCGCGAGUUGACCUCGCGCUUCUGGAAGAAGCUGCGGCUGGAGCUGCCCGUCAGGAGGCCGCCGGGCACCGACCGGGACGAGGAGGCGGGGCUUAUGAGGACGGCCAAUCGCCGUCAGUCUUCCCUCUGCGUUUAAGGCUGGCCGGCGGACCGCUUGUUCGCCGUGCUGCUUAUCCAAAAACUCCAUCCAUGCAUUUUCUUGACCGCUUCUCCUCACUCAGGUCACGGGCGUGCUGGUGCCUAUCCCAGUUUACUGCGUGCGAGAGGCGAGGUACACCCUGAACUGGUCGCGAGCCAAUCGCAGGGCACAUAGAAACAAACAACCAAUCGCACUGACUUUCAUAUUAUACGGUCUUCAGUCAACCUGCCAGGCGUGUUUUGGGGAUGGAGGAGGAAAUCAAAGUACCCGCAGAAAAGCCACGCAGGCACGGGCAGAGCAUGCAAACUCGGGAUUUGAACCCCGGUCCUCAGAACUGUGAGGCAGCUGUGCUAACCAGUCAGUCCACCGUGCCACCAUCCAGAAACUCAUAUUUUUUUCAUUUUUAUUUGUUUGUCCUUUGAAAACUGCUAGGAUGAAGACUUUCCAAAAGCCAACUUCAAAUGAGAAAAGUGAACUUUGUGCCACAUGAUCUUGUUAUACAUUUCCCGUUUAUUUCACAACACUCAAGCAGCCAAUACAAACCCAGGGGUCGUGUCAUGUGACUCCCAGUUCGACACACUUCCGAAUGGAACUGGCUUGGAAUAAAAAACGGUUUGCUCACUGAAUGAACGGACGCUUUCGCCACCCCUCAGCAAGGAAGGCCGCUAUUGGCGGUCCGAAACGUCGCCCUUGGUUGAUGUUUUUUUAUCUCAUUGUGUCGUUUUCUUGUUUUUUUUUUAACCUUAGUCACAAGAAGGGUCAGAAAAGCGGUCAAAUUGAAAACGGGGCGGGGUCGCUUUCUUGGCCUCUUGGGAAAGUCCCGGCUCCCAACCUUUAUGUCACCUUUCCUUAACCUUUGUUGGAAAAGGUCAAGCUUCCUUUUGACAGUGGAAAGGAAAGCACUGUUGAAAACGAACCCGCAAAAUAUUUACUGGACAAUAAUAUGAAAGACAUCUUUUCAAAUAAUUCACAGAUUCUACCCAUGUAAAGUGUAUUUACGAUGAUUAACAUAAAUAUAGAUACUAAAAUGUAUUAUUUGCACCACUAGACACUGCGAAAGCCAUUAAAACCUCAGCUCCAUAUGUGCUCUUUCUAACAUAUUUUGCUAAUAUGAUCAGGUGCCUUUUUGGCCACAGACUUACGUCAAUCCUGGCAAUUGUUUGUGCUCUGUUUUAUGAAUAAAUAUUGAUGCAAAUAAA